GAGCCUGUGACAAGCGAGUCGGCUUCACCACCAGCGACGCCGCAGCGCUGGCGGCGGCGAAACGAGAUCGCGGCUGCCGAGCGAUCAUUGAGACGAGGAGUCUAUUUUUAGCGAUCGCGGCUGCCGAGCGCUCAAUGACGAGCGAUCAUUGAGCGAUCAAAAUUAGACUCCUCACAGAUCGCGGCUGCCGAGCGAUCAUUGAGACAGCGCAAGCGCUGAUGACGCACGCGUAGGCGGCGCUAGGAGUGCUGGCGAUCGCCAUUCAGCUUUCAGCAAGAAGCAAAUCGGAAGGGACCUGAUCAGCGUGCCCAGUGCUUGCCGUGUCUCGGUGGCGGUAGGUUGAGAUUCGCGAGGCAGCGUAAAAUGCUCUUAAACCUGAGUUGAUAGCCUCCAGCUAUCCGGUAGGCCCCAAGAACGCCGACAACGCUAUCUCGCAGAUUUGGUUCUUCCGCCAUGGACGGCGAAUCUAGAUCGCCUCUCUUUUACCGACACGUGGCGGCAGGAGCAGCUGCAGCCGUAGUGGCGAGCGCCGUGACAUACCCCCUCGAUGUCGCCAAGGCCGUCGCUCAGGCAGGCGUCGCACAUGCGGGUGUCGCACAGGCAGUUGUCGCACAAGCAGGCGCCGUGCAGGGUAGUGGGAUGACAGUGGGAGGAGGGCCUGGUGGAAUGGCAGGGAGCGGGACAGCAGCAUCACGCGCAGCUGCUACCAGCGGCCUGAGCUGGAGAAAUAAAGCCUCGUUCAUCGGGUUCUCACCACACCUAGCUGGUCACCUGCCAUCCCUCGCUGCCCGCUAUACUACCUACCACCUCGCCGCCGCUUACCAAAUGGACGGUCUGCCCCCGUGGCUGCCCAUCUCCCCCCCUCAGGCAGCGGCAGCAGGCGCCGUUGGCGGAGUUACCGAGUCCUUGCUCUCCACGCCCUUCGACCUGGUCAGAACGCGCCUGCUGCUGGCCACUCCCUUGCUGCCACCUGUCGCUCUCUCCCACCCCAUCGCCCUCCCUCGCCCCUCCAUCCGCAUCCACCGCCCCCAAUCUCCAUCUGAGCCAGUCCGUGCACCAGGAAACACCCGACCUAGUCACACCUCCCCCACUCGUACCUCGCCCAGUCAGACCUCUGCGUCCAAGUCUUCAGGCAAGGCCUCUAGUCCGCGGCACAAGCUGCCUCGUCACCUCGCGCAACGACAAGCCCUCUCUCACUCCUCUCGCCCUCAUCUGCCAUCUCACAAGCGCACCCUCUUCUCUGCUUCUGCUGCUGCUGCUGCUGCCACUGAUGGUAGUGGUAUUGUCAGUGGCUCUAGCACUGCUGCUACUGUUCUUGCCACCCAUCCUCCUUCCACUGCUGGCAAAUGCCCUGCUUCUCCCGCCACCCCUGCCACCAAAGCACUUUACCAAAAACAUUUCUCCACACUCCCACACGCCCCCCACACUCCCCCCACUCCCCCCACACCUCAUCCAACCUCCACCUUCUCCCUCUCCCUUGCGCGAUACCCCUGGACGCCCGUGCCCUCUCCUUACCUCCCCGCCUCCUCCCCUUGGGAGGCAGCGAUGGCUGGAGUGAGAGCUGAGGGGGCAGCUCAGCUGUGGAGGGGCCUUAGAGCGGGCAUGACACGAGAUGCGCUGUUUGGAGCAGUGUUCUUUGGGGGGUGGGUGACUAUAGAGGAGGGAUUGAGGGAAUUGGAGGAGCUUCGGAGGAGGAAGAGAGAGGAGGGUGAGGAGGAGGGGGUAGGAUGGGGAGAGGGAAGGGGUGCAGUGGUGGGGAGGAGUAGAGAGGGGUAUGGGUAUGUGUUGACCCAGAGUUUGGAAGCGGCAGCAGCAGCUGCGGUGGCUUCGAUUGUGUCACAUCCGUUUGACUGUGCCAAGACUCGCACUCAAGCCACCGUCUUGCCAAAGCACGUGGCUAUGGAACUAGCAUUGUUUCCCAAGGCGGAGGAUGGGAGGUGGUGGGAGAGGUGGUUUGGCUUGCGAUGGUGGGACAGGAGCUACCAUUGGAAAGGCCUGGCUCUGCGAACCAUGCAUCAAUCAAUAGGGGCGUUCCUUCUAGUGGGUGGUUACCAUGUCGCUGUUGCAAUGACAAAGGAUUCUUCCGAGGAAUGAUGCAUGAUUUGUUAAUAAUAAUAAUAAUUUCUAGUC